CUCCUGUAUGCUACGAGCGACAAGAUGAAGAAGCAGUUCAAUCGGAUGCGCCAGCUUGCCAACCAGACCGUAGGCAGGGCAGAAAAGACUGAAGUUCUAAAUGAAGACCUUCUUCAGGUGGAGAAGCGCUUGGAGCUGGUGAAGCAAGUAUCACAUAGCACUCACAAGAAGUUGACUGCAUGUCUCCAAGGACAACAAGGGGUAGAAGCUGAUAAACGAUCAAAAAAGUUACCUUUGACAGCACUGGCUCAGUGUUUAAUGGAAGGAUCAGCCAUCUUGGGGGAUGAAACUCUCCUUGGGAAGAUGCUGAAAUUAUGUGGUGAAACAGAGGACAAACUAGCCCAGGAGCUUAUCCAUUUUGAAUUACAAGUAGAGAGAGAUGUGAUUGAGCCACUGUUUGUACUGGCAGAGGUGGAAAUCCCAAAUAUUCAAAAGCAGAGGAAGCAUUUAGCAAAGUUAGUGCUGGACAUGGAUUCUUCACGAACAAGGUGGCAGCAGACCUCCAAAUCUUCAGGUUUGUCCAGCAACUUGCAGCCAUCAGGUGCCAAAGCUGAUGCCCUCAGGGAAGAAAUGGAGGAAGCCGCAAAUCGAGUGGAGAUAUGCAGGGACCAGCUGUCAGCUGAUAUGUACAGUUUUGUGGCCAAAGAAAUUGACUAUGCAAACUACUUUCAAAUGUUGAUAGAAGUGCAAGCAGAAUACCAUAGGAAGUCACUAACGCUAUUGCAGAAUGUUUUGCCUCAGAUAAAAGCACAACAGGAGGCAUGGGUAGAAAAACCAUCCUUUGGGAAGCCCUUGGAGGAGCACCUGGCAGUCAGUGGAAGGGAAAUUGCAUUCCCUAUUGAAGCAUGUGUGACAAUGCUUCUUGAAUGUGGAAUGCAAGAGGAGGGCCUUUUUAGAGUGGCUCCCUCUGCUUCUAAACUGAAAAAACUGAAAGCUGCUUUGGACUGUUGUGUACUGGAUGUGCAGGAAUACUCAGCUGACCCUCAUGCCAUUGCAGGAGCUCUAAAGUCUUAUCUCAGAGAGUUGCCAGAACCUCUCAUGACCUUUGAACUGUAUGAAGAGUGGAUUCAGGCUUCCAACAUCCAAGAUCAAGAUAAGAUGCUUCAGGCCCUAUGGAACACUUGUGAAAAACUUCCCAAGGCCAAUCAUAACAAUAUCAGAUACUUGAUCAAAUUUUUAGCUAAAUUGUCAGAAUUUCAAGACACAAACAAGAUGACCCCCAGUAACAUGGCUAUUGUACUAGGACCCAACUUGUUGUGGCCACAAGCAGAUGGGAAUAUUACUGAGAUGAUGACCACAGUUUCUCUGCAGAUCGUUGGGAUCAUUGAGCCUAUCAUCCAACAUGCUGAUUGGUUCUUUCCUGGGGAGAUAGAGUUCAAUGUGACAGGUAAUUACGGGAGCCCUAUACAUGUGAACCACAAUGCAAAUUACAGCUCAGUGCCAUCUCCUGAUAUGGACCCUCCUGAUCAGCGACAGCCUGAGCCAGCUCGGCGGCCCCUCAGUGUGGCUACUGAUAAUAUGAUGUUGGAGUUUUACAAGAAGGAUGGCAUGGGUGUGAGGGUUAUGGAUACAUCUUGGGUGGCCCGAAGAGGUUCCUCUGUCACCCGAAAAUCAUCCUGUACUCCACCAACUGUGCAGCCUCCUGCUCCACCUUCUGAUCUUACUGUUCCACCUCAGUCACCAGUUCCUGAGGAGUUACUUGACAUUUCAGCAACUUCUUCCCAUCCUCCAUCUAACUUUGGCUCGCAGUCUAUGGCUGAGCAGACAAGCACUUUACAAAGCAAGGAGCUUUCUUCAGGGUCUGGGCAAAAGGAGAGUCAAAGCUCCAGUCACGGGGUCCUCUGUGUGAGUACACAGCCAAUGACCACUCUCAGCCAGCCCCCCACAGAUCAGAGCCCUCACACACUCCGGAAAGUUUCAAAGAAGCUGGCACCAAUACCACCCAAGGUCACCUUCAGUCAGUUAGGUGGUAUGACUGACCAGUCUGCUGGCCAGCCAUCCCCAGUCAGCCUGUCUCCUACACCUCCAAGUACCCCUUCUCCCUAUGGACUGAAUUACCCUCAAGGUUACUUAUUGGUUUCAGGCCAGCUUCCCCCUGCUACAACGCUAUCCCUAUCUACUCCUGUCAUCACAAGCACUUUAACCAAAUCACGGCCUACUCCUAAGCCUCGACAGAGGCCCACGCUGCCACCUCCACAGCCUCCUACAGUAAACACUUCUGGCUCUGGUUCACAGUCUGUGGACCACCUUGUGAUAGAUGGCAUGUCCUCUGGGGAAAGCAUGUCUACAGAUCUUGUCCACUUUGAUAUCCCUUCUAUCCACGUAGAGCUUGGUUCUUCACUCCACCCGGGUCUCCUGGAGCACAUGACAAGACAAUCAGGGACUGAGAAAAGAGACUCAGAGGAAGAGUCAGAAAGCACUGCCCUUUGACACUGCAGCUCCUCACCCAACACUCUUGUAUAUACACAUGCCCCCAGAAACACUUCAAGGAUGUAUGUCGCAGUGCUCUUGCUAAGCAUUCUCCAUCAGCACUUUCUUCUUUCACUGCCAACAUGAAGUUGGACUUUAAAGAAAGCCACUGAUCUCCUAUCUAUGGCAAGUGUUGAUGACAUAGUGGUUUUGUUUGUUUUAGGUGCUUAGUUUAGCCUUCUUUGAUCAUUGCCUUUUGACUUGGUACCUAAGUGAAUUUCUAUCUUCAGCCCUGUGUGCAGUAACAUCUGACCCCUCUCCAUCCAGAUACUGCUUAUGUAAUAAGUCCUUGUUUCUAAAAGGGACAAGUUGCAAAAACUCUCUGCCAUCCAAACAUAGGUCUAUUUCAGUCCAUGGAAGUCUACCUGUUAUUUGACUACCCCACUCUUCCCAAGGAUAGAGAACUCACAUCCACAAAAAGAGCUGUUAGAUCUGAAGAUGGUAUGUUUUCCUUUAAUGAGCUCAUAAUCACUUGAUUAUACCAGCUUGCUUAGUAGUAAGCAUUUGGUUCACGAGGUAAGCUCAUGUCCAUCAACCUGUGGAUCUCUCCUUAUUCAAAAAUUACAAUUGAAUAGCAAUAAUUCCAUGUCCUAACAUGUGGAAGUGGGACUGUUCCCAAACAGAAUAGACUAAUGCUAUAAGAUGUAUUUGCAUACUUUCUUUGAUGACAUAAAUCAUUCCCAUCAUUUGAUUACAUCAAUGACAGGGAAAGAGAAAUGAGGAAAAGGGCAUGUGAACAUUGACCCAAGAGAUCAUUGCAGGGCAGAGGAGAUUAAAAAUUUUGGCUUAAAGUUAUAAAUGGAGUGAAGAAUUAAAUUCAAGGCAUGCAUGCAAAGUCAAAGUUUAAGGUCUUAUCCUUUGAAAAAAAUAUAUACAUACUAUAAUGUUAUAUUUGUAUAUAUGAAAUCUCUAUAUUUGUUUUAUUUGAGAUGUUUCAUCUAAACUAAUGUACAAAUGUACAAUGAAAACUCAAAUGCUUUGUUAUUUUUCCCAACACACUGUAAAAUAAUUCUUUGCAGGAUUUGCAAAUUAAAGAUGUUGUAGGCUUUGCACACUUAAAUGACAAGUAUAGCUCAUUAGUUUGUAAAUGUAGUAAGGGGUGGGGAAAUCACCUUUAUACAUGCAUAAGUUGUCAAAAAAUAAUGCUAUUAAAAUAUUUAUUGUCACUAA